CUGGUCGUCAGAAAAGCUGUUUUGUUAAGAAAGAUAUGACUGGUGUAAAGAUUGAAAAUGUUUUUCUUUACUGUUUGGGAAAGAUAAUCACAAGUCUUAUUGAGAAAAGUUAAGUUUAUUUCACUGCGCGUCAUGAUUUCCAAACGGAAGCCAAAAAGUGACAGAAGAAGAAGAAAAGUUUCUCGGCGAAGAUAAAAAAUGGAGGCGGAAUAAAAACACACCAGAUGAAGAAAUGAGUUUCUGUGUCCCCGUUAACUCGCGGCUACUGUUCCGGGCCUGCGAUGAGGGCGACUACGACACGGUCCGGGGCGUCCUGGAGCCGGGGGGCCAGAGGGAGUCGGGUCGGCAGAGCAGGCUGAGGUCGGAGGCGGGCUCGGAGUGCCUGGCCCCGGACCUCACUCCGUCCCUGGUGCCGGUGGACUGCACGGACGAGGAGGGGAACACCGCCCUGCAGUUCGCCUCGGCGGGGGGCCACGAGAACCUGGUCCGGUUCUUGCUGCGGAAGGGAGCGUCGGUGGACAGCCGGAACAACUACGGCUGGAGCCCGCUGAUGCAGGCAGCCAGGUUUGGUCACCUGACUGUUGCCCAUCUCCUCCUGGAGAAUGGGGCGGAGAUAAACGGGCAGAACCGAUUAGGGGCGAGCGUCCUGACCAUGGCGGCCCGUGGGGGUCACGUCCACGUGGCCAAGCUGCUCCUGGAGAGCGGGGCCUUCGUCGAUGACUACGACCAUCUGACUGUCACAGCGGAGUCGGUAUCCAGUGGCAACAACAACAACAGCUGCAGUGCAGCUGGGUUUGGACCGGCUGAGUGCAGUCCAGGAGGAGAAGGAGGCAGAGACUUCAUGGACAUCACGGCUCUGAUGGUGGCGUCUCAGCAUGGGCACGAGGCCACCGUCCACCUGCUGCUGGAGUGGGGCUCUGACGCCAACUUCACCCACAGAACCACUGGCUGGGGUCCUCUGAUGGCGGCCACCCUCAGUGGGAAGGAGGCUGUAGCUCGGCAGCUGGUGGACCGGGGAGCCGACCCGGACCGGGUCAACGUUUUGUCCAAGACAGCCUUCGAAUUGUCCCUGCAGUUAAAACAGAGAGACAUCAAGGGGUUCCUGGACUCCAUAACCACCGUCAGACCUCAGACCGACGACGAGAGGAAAAGGCCCGACGUGUUCAGCGCCCUCAGACUUGGAAACUCCCAGUUGGUCAAAGACAUCCUGGAGGAGGACCCCGCUCAGGUGAACUCGUCCAAUCAGGAGGGAGCGACGCCUCUGAUGAUGGCGGCGGUGAGCGGGCAGCUGGAGGUGGUGCAGCUGAUGGUGGAGACGAACGCUGACGUGGACAAACAGGACGGCGUCCACGGGUGGACGGCUCUGAUGCAGGCCACGUACCACGGUAAUAAAGACAUUGUGAAGUACCUGUUGAGUCAAGGAGCCGACGUCAACCUUCGAGCUAAGAACGGCUACACAGCCUUUGAUCUGGUUAUGCUGCUCAGUGACCCAGACACAGAGCUGGUUCGUCUGUUAGCGUCGGUGUGCAUGCAGGUAGACAAAGAUAAGCCCAAACACCGGGGCAGAGCUUUCAUUACGCGCUCUAAAAGCAGACAGUCUCUCAACAACGUCCCGGUUCCGCCCGAUGACAGGGGAGGCCUGAAGUCCUGGUGGAGCAGGAUGUCAAAUCGCUUCCGGCGGCUGAAGCUGACUCACACCCUGCGGCACAGCCUUUCAACCAAUCGGCUCGCUCAGUUUCCCGACGAUGCUGAAACUCCUCUGGACGUCACGAUGAGGGCGGAUUCCAAGGCUGCGGCUAACAAGGCGGUGGCUGCUGUGGCUAACGAGGCAGCGACACCGACUUCUGCCCCGGGAGUGAACGAUACGAGCACCGUUUGGGCGGUCAAGACUAAAGAUACCGGUCAAUGCAGAACGUCUUCAGAGAAGGACGACGUUUUCAUAACAACCAUGCUACGAAGCGGCGCGCCGCUCACCCGGCUUCCUAAAGACGAGCUGAAAGCGGUGAUCCCUCCCUUCUUACCUCCGUGGAACUCGGACCGCUCACUUUUCCCCCGAGAGGGGAAGAGCGAGCCGCCCCGCCUGCCCAUGCCGCCUCAGAGGAAGCUCAACAGCAGCAGGAACUCGGACAUCACGUCCAUCACUCGUGUGGUCAACCGGUCCAUUAAGUUCCCCAGCAUCUCCAAAGGACCCUCCUCAUCCUCACCCUCCAACUCUGGUCACUACCACUCCCCCCACUCCUCCGGUGGCUCAAACGGAGUCGCCGGGCUCAACCGCUCAGGGGGCAGCGCAGACAGCGUUCUGUCCCAGAUAGCGGCUCAACGUAAAAGAGCAGCGGGCCUGAUGGAGGUGAAGGCUCUACCUGCAGACAAACAGCAGAACCCGGCUCCACUGCCAGCUCCGGGACUCGGUCCGCAGCCUCCUGACAUCAGCCUGCCGGACAUCCCGCCCCACCCCAGCCUGGUGUCCUCCGAGGUCCACCCAAGAAGGAUGAUGGCGCUGAAGAAGAGAUCUCAGUCUGGGACUUCCUCCACCUCCAAGAGCACGUCACCCACUCUGACCCCGUCUCCAUCCCCGACACCAAAGAUCCCCCCUGGACCGGGGGACUCUGUGUCCUCGGCCUCUUCCCAGCCACGCUCCAGGAGCAGCGGGGGCUCCAGCAGCGGGACCAUCACAGAUGAAGAUGAGCUGUCCAGUAUUUUGAAAAAACUCUCCCUUGAGAAAUAUCAGCCAAUAUUUGAGGAACAGGAGGUGGACAUGGAAGCCUUCCUGACGCUAACGGACGGAGACCUGAAGGAGCUGGGGAUUAAAACCGACGGGCCCAGACAACAGAUCUUGGCGGCCAUAUCAGAGCUCAAUGCUGGGAAGGGUCGGGAACGGCAGAUCCUUCAAGAGACCAUCCACAACUUCCAGUCCUCCUUUGGCAGCAGCGCCAGCAACCCAAGACAACCUCAGUCUCCAACAACGUGGACAAGACAUCAGGUCCGUUCGUCCAAUAGAAGGUAG